CUGAGCGGCGCCCGGGCGUGUUGCAUGUGUGUGUGUGUGUGUGUUGUGUUAUGUGCGCGCCCGCCCCGAAUGCACAGCCUCUAACCCCCGCGCCUUGUCCCGGGACGCCUCGCCGCCGUGCGACCCCGACGACAAAAGCCCCGAUCCUCCGGAGGGUGUGCUGCUGAUCUGCCCCUGUCACUCUGCCGCGUGAUUUACCCCCCUGUGGUUGCGUAAUCACGAACCCAACGAGCAUACCCCACACCUCGAAGAUGGAGAUGCAGAAGAUGGGCGAGGGGGAGUGCACCGAGCGCCUCAACGGGACCAUACCUGACAGUGAAAAGGCAUCCACGCUGGAGGAUGGCUACGAGGGAGAAGAGUCUGCCAUGAUGGAACAGGAGGAGUUCCUGCCCCACAUUGUCACUAAGAAACUGAGCCAGUUCACUGAUUUCGAAGGGAAGACAUCGUUUGGGAUGUCCGUCUUCAACCUGAGCAACGCCAUCAUGGGCAGCGGCAUCCUAGGCUUGGCCUAUGCCAUGAGCACCACCGGGAUCGUCCUCUUUGUGGUGCUUCUGAUCAGCAUCGCUUUGCUCUCCUCCUAUUCCAUUCACCUGCUGCUGCAAUGUGCCGGAGUCGUGGGAAUCAGAGCUUAUGAACAGCUGGGAUUCAGGGCCUUUGGCCACGGAGGGAAGGUGGUGGCCGCUGUGAUCAUCUCAAUGCACAACAUCGGAGCCAUGUCCAGUUACUUGUUCAUUGUUAAAUCCGAGCUGCCUCUCGUGAUUCAGACCUUCUUGGGACUGAAGGAGCGCACCGAGGGCGAGUGGUACAUGGACGGGAACGUUUUGAUCAUCAUUGUCAGCGUCGGUGUCAUCCUGCCCUUAGCUCUGAUGAAACACUUGGGCUAUCUAGGUUACACCAGCGGACUUUCGCUCACUUGUAUGUUCUUCUUUCUUGUCUCGGUGAUCUACAAGAAAUUCCAGAUCACCUGCUCCGUCAAUGGGACACACUACGAAGAGGCCCCCGUCCAUUAUAAUGGCCGCAACACCACCGUUGAGCACAAAGAUGAUGUCUGCGUUGCCAAGUUCUUCACUGGCAGCUCUGAGACGGCCUACGCCAUCCCCAUUUUGGCAUUUGCCUUCGUCUGCCAUCCGGAGGUGCUUCCCAUUUACACCGAGCUGCGCAGGGCCUCCAAGCGUCGGAUGCAGAAUGUAGCAAACGUCUCCAUCCUGGCCAUGUUUAUCAUGUACCUGCUGACAGCCAUCUUUGGCUACCUCACCUUUUACGGGAAUGUGGAAGCUGAAAUGCUGCACACUUACAUCAAAGUGGACCCCCUGGACCAGCUUAUCCUCAGCGUGCGGCUGGCCGUGCUGCUUGCAGUGACGCUCACGGUGCCCGUGGUUCUGUUCCCGAUCCGCCGGGCCAUCCAGCAGCUGCUUUUCCCCAAGAAGGACUUCAGCUGGCUUCGUCACAUCGUCAUCGCUACCUGCCUCCUUGUGGUGGUCAACCUCCUUGUCAUCUUCGUGCCGAACAUCAGGGACAUCUUUGGAAUUAUCGGAGCGACGUCUGCCCCCAGCCUCAUCUUCAUCCUUCCCAGCAUCUUCUACAUCCGCCUUGUCCCCAAUGAGAAAGAGUCGCAACUAUCCAAAUCUAAAAUCCAGGCUGCCUGUUUCGCCGCACUCGGCUUCAUUUUCAUGGUGAUGAGUCUCAGUUUCAUCGUCGCUGACUGGGUCACGACAGGAAGGAGCAGCGUCGGGGGGCACUAACCCCCUCUUGCCCCCCCCAAGAGACACAGUGGUUCCAACCAGGGAGAACCUUUCAGUGCCGGGGAGAGGGCAUCGUCGCCUCCUGUUUAUCCUUGUCCGUCCUGGAGACGCUGCAAUCCUUCGCUGUGGGGAAAGAAUUGGAACGGCACCCUGUCUCGCCACGGCGGUUGCGAAAGUGGCCUGGAACAGCACCAGGGGCUUCUCUGGAGGCCUUCCAGGCACCGGUGGCCACGAAACAGCUUAUCAGAAGACAGGGCUACCUUGUUGCCACGGACUCAGCAUUAUCUCUCCCCAUUGGUUGGCUUUGGUGCUAUGAUGACACGGUCGACCGGCAAGUGCUUUCGUCCUCUGUGGUCACCACAGAGCGUUCCUCAUUUUCUCUCAUCCCUGGCAAUAGGGUCCCGUUGCCACGUUGCUUGUCACGACAAAACUGCGUGGGUUUGUGUACUGUCCAGUGCCGUAGGACGGUCUCUCAAACACUUGCUCUCCACCCACUCACCCCAAUUCUGGAGAGAAUCCCUGGCCGGUCCUACCGUAUUUUCUGUUUCUGUCGUAACAAUGCCUGGCUGUCUCGAGGGCGGCCUGUCUCCUUCUCGUUGCUUAGGAUGGAGCAAGGCUCUGCCCUUAUUGUUACCCCAGCCCUAGCUUCCAUAUGUUUGUCCUUACCCCAAUACCAACAAUACCAACGGUGCCUCAGGGGUCGUAGCCCCCAACAUGGGGAACAGCCUAAGACAACAGUGCCCCCUAGUGGGCAAUCUAAUUUAUUUGUUGAAGAACGAUGUGUUGAGUCCAGUGGCACCUUUAAGACCAAUAAGUUUAAUUUGGGGUAUAAGCUUUCGUGGGCAUGCGCACUUCAUCACACUUACGGUGCGCAUGCACAGGAAAGCUUAUCCCCAUAAU